AUGGCAGAACCAAGGCUCGGGCUCUCUGAGGCUAUCUCAGAGGAGCGCACCGAGCCAUUCUCACAAUCCGAGAUUGACGCCCGCUUUAGGGGCAUUCGCGUUGAGGAGCCUGUCCCUACGACUACCUCUUCCGCUGUUUCAUUAGACGAGCUUCACGUUGAGGAUCACCACCACAAACAAGGCAUCCGCAUCCUCUUCCGCCCUUUGGCCAGCUUCCCUAACUCGCGCGCAGUGAGUCCUGGCAGUGAAAGUUGCCAGUGGCUCGCUCUCCGCGCCGAGGUUGCUUCUCCAGAGCAGCCUGAGCACAAAGUUCUCGCUGUGACUCAGACCUCAAAGGAUAUAAAAUUCUCCGUCCGUAUACCCGGUGAGACUCAGGAUGCUUCUCCGAGACCCCCUCUCUGGUGUGAGCUAUACUAUGAUCCCGCUAGUGACAAGGUCAUUUUUUUGAAUAAGUCAGACGUACCGAUUUCUCUAUCAAGCGUUGUCCAGACGCCGCUGCCAAGUCCCGUCAGUGCUGCUCACAUCAUCAAUCCUGGAUCUGCCAAGGCUCUGAAACCCGGAACCUGGCGCAUCACUGUUCGAGACAUCGAUGUUAUUGAUUUCCGAGUACUCGAGAAGCGACCAGUGACGAUUUUUCAACCAAGGCAACCUACAAUCCCCGAGGACGUUCCACCAACCUCGAGCACCCCCACCAUUAACUCGAGUGGGAAGCGAGCUCUGACUCCGGAGUAUGACAAAAAGAGGGUGAAACGUCGUAUCUCAGAACCAGACACACCCGGUGACGACGGUGUUAUUAUGUUUCUGAGACCUUCUGCUGAUCCCCUGGUUUUCUCUCUACCAAACGGCCGUGAAAGCAAAGAGCUGUCCACUGUGAACGGACAUGCUUUGCUAGACGCCGAGAAGGGCGACACUGUUGCAAUUCCAAGUGUCUGUGAGCUCGAUGAGUAUCAGCUUACUAAAAGGGAGCCGAUUGCGUCAACGUCAUUGUCUGCGGUGUACACAGCCACACACUCCCAUGUACCAGACAACAUCGUCACAGUCAAGGUGUUGAAAACGCGCGUUGCCAACUCCAAUGACAAGUCACUGCUCCACGAGCGGAACGUGAUCCGCCAGGCCGAUAUGUGGCUUCGUGAGUGCAGGAGUCAGGAAGACCUGCAGCACAAGUCCAUCGUCCGCUACUACGGCGGUGAUGCGCGUUUCCUGUCCCUUUACAUGGAGCACAUUGAUGCCAAGGACCUCACUGCAGCGCCUCGUUGGAGAAACAAAGCCAAUGACGAGUUCUUGGGCGAUAGAAACGACGCUACCAGGAUUUUGGGCGACAUUGCCGGCGCCCUCAACUACAUCCACGGCCGCAAGUUGGUGCACAACGACAUAAAGCCCGCUAAUAUCCUUUAUUCGCCAGAGCGAGGUGCUGUCCUCUGUGAUUUUGGACUUUCAACGCUGGCCGCCAAUUCACCGACGACUGGAGGAACACCGUACUACAUCCCGCCGGAAUUCAUUGGGCGGAAGCAGCGCGGACCUGCGUCUGACACUUGGGCACUUGGUGUCACCAUGCUCUAUGUGCUGCGCAAAAUCUCAUUUCCCGACUCUCGUGCUCGUCGACAACAUCCCCGACCUCUGUAUUGGUUAAUCGCUGGUGUGAACAGUCCAAACACGCCUCACAAGCAGCAUGGAAAUGGCCAGCCAGCCAUUGUACAGAUGCGAGAUUGGCUCACCGAGGUAUUCGAUGCUAGAGAGGGGCUCAAUCCCAAGGACCGGCUCGAGCGGAUCGUAAAGGAGAUGUUAUACCCCAACCCCAACCAUCGCAUCACCAUGGCCAAGGUGUUGCAAGAGUUGGCCACUGAUCAAGUUGCUGUUGCUGCGGGAUGA